UAUGCCAUUUGGCUGUUUCAGGUGGAUUCACCGACGGUGGGUGUGGGAGCAGGAGUAGAAUCCUCGAAGCGGGAGAAGCUUUCCUACCAGAUCGUCUCGAUCAGCAACAAGGACGUGGAUGACGUCAUCGGGUUCCUCCGCACCUUCUUCUUCCGCGACGAGCCUCUCAACGUGGCCGUCAACCUCCUCGACACCCCGGACGCCGUUUGCCACGAGCUCGAGCAGUUCUGCACCGACUUCAUCCCCGAAGGUAUCGUUUGCUUUCCAGCUCAGCUUCCGUCCAUUAGGAAAAAACUCUGCUCAACCAUUCCAAUUCUGAUCGCCCAUAAGCGCUUUCUGAAGUAAAGAUCCCAUAUG